UGUAUUAAUGAAACUAAUGGGAAACACGUUUUAUAACAAUGCUUUCAAUACUUUUCAAUUGACACUGAUUGACACUUCAGUGCUUGUGCCUAAUCGAUGCCGACAUGACAAAUCUUUAAUCAUGAGUAACAGCAUCGAUCUGCAAGAAUUUGCAAGUGCUUGUUGGAAAGACAUUUUUUCUGUAGCACAUGGUGCCGCAGUUUAUAUUGAUCAUGCCGCAGCUGAGUGUCUUCAUUGGUUCACGCGUGAUAAGGCAUAUACUGCAUUGAUAAAUGCAGGAGCUGUUUCUGUUCAUGAUUUGGCUAUGUAUAACUUCCGAUAUGUCAGAGUGAAGGGUACAAAGAAAGCUGUAAUAAUAUAUACUUCCGCUGACCCAAUAUUUUAUCAGCGGACAUUAAAAAUGAUUAUAGAAAAAAAUACCUUUGAAAGCUGUAUAAUUAUAUGUGCAGUUCAUUACGGUAUUUUAAAUUACGCUUCGAUAUUUCCAGUUGAGGAGGAAAGUAGUUAUAACAAAUUAAAAGAAGAUGUAUUAAAUUGGAUGAGUACUAGAAAUCCUGCAAAGGAACCUCAUGUAGAUGUAAUAUUUAGGCCAGUUUUCACUGCUUGUAUUGAUCAAGAUUUAUUUACAACACCUCCAUUUGGUGAUAUGAUGCCUAAUUUUGAUGAACAAAUAAGCCAAGACCAAGAAAUAGAUCUAACAUUUUUGGUGAGCUCAUUACACAGUUUAUUUACUCACUUCAAUUUAAAAGAAGAUAUUUACUCAAUUGGUAAAUUCAGUGAGUAUAUCGCAGAGAAGUUGGAAAACUUACCUGCUGCCAUUGAUAGAAGAAAACGUUUAUUUGGACCAUCAAAUGUUUCGUUAAUCUUGUUAGAUCGUACUUUAGACUUGUGUAAAGCAACUAGCCAAAACACUGAAUGUGUACUGGCAAGGAUACUUACAACUUUGCCUCGUCUACCCCAUCACUAUAAUGAUGUUGCAAUAAAUAUGGCUCCAAUUUGCGCAGAAACGGAGCUGCAAGAGACCCAGGCCUCUGCAUUAGUACCUGGGUGCUUAGCAACCGAUGAUCCGAGUUUGAUUAAACUUUUAAUUAGUGAGAAACAAAAAAUGGUUCUACUAAAAUUUAAUCAAUUACUUAUGGAUAUGACAGUAUUGAAAGUAAGUCCAAAAGCAAAAUUUGGGACAAGAAUCACAGUUUAUACCUUGGAAAAGCUUUUACAUAAAUUGCGAGACAGUGAAGGUAUUGAAUCUUUGACAAGAUUUAGUAAAAAAAUCCAGAUUAUCAUGGCAGUGAUCCAAGCCCUAAAAUCUGAAAAGACGCCUCAGUUAGAGUUGUUAAUUAGUCUGGAAAAAUUAAUAUUACAAAAUUUGGCUGUAAGUCGUGAUUCUUCGAGUGUACUUGCACAGCUAAGUAACAUUAUAAAGAAUCGCUGUACUCGGGGACUCGACAUGGAGAAUCUACUUAUAUUAUUGAUACAUAUUUUCUCUCUUGCUGGAACAGAAAUAAACUUUUCUGCGCAACAAGAAGAACAUUUAAAUGAAGCUCUUAAAGAUGCUAUUUAUGAAGAUAUAAAAAAAUGCAACGAGACUACACCUGGUCAUGAGAUGUCAAUUUAUUAUCAAACUUUGCUUCUCUUAGGUGUCACUAGUGAUGAUAAAGCAAAAGAAGAUGCAGAAGACAUUGCACAACGAAUCAUAGAUACGUUGCAUGCUAUAGCGCAACAGAGAGCAAGUUUAGAAAACUACAGAUGUCUAAUAACAAAACCAAGCGCUCAAGAGCUGGCACAGUACACUGGACUAUUAGAAUGCUUAAUCAGAGAUUUGCUGCACCCAAACAGACCAGAGAUUCCUGACUUACAACAGAAAGCAUCUUCUUUCAUGUCAACUGGAUUUAAUUUAUUUCGGAAAGGAAAAACCAAACGCCAUCCAGGUGACAAUCCACUAAUAAUUAUUUAUGUAGUUGGUGGAGUAACAGCAGAUGAAGCUAGGAUUAUUAAUGAUAUUUCUUCUCGGAAUAUUAAUAAUCCAAGGAUAAUAUUAGCAGGAUCUAGAUUAUUAAAUCCUUUAAAUGUAACAGAUAAAGUUUUGUUAUCCACGUUGACUUCUUAACAUAGAUCAUUUUUCUGUUUAUGCUGGUUCCUUUUCUUCCAUCCAUUUUAUAUCAUCUGCUUCUAUUACAUAGGCAACUUUUUUCUUAGUUUUAGCAAACUCUACUAUAGCAAAAAAUGUAUUACAAUUCUCUUGCCUGUGAAGUUG